AUGAUUUUAGGCUUCUUCCGAGGAUAACACACAAUAAACAAUUUGGUAAAGUUAUGUAUAUGUAUUUUUGGAGAGAGAAAUUGAAAAGUGUAAUUUUUGUAAUAUGUUUUGAGAUUUUGUAAUAUAUUUUGAGAAUUAAAUUUUAUAUAAUAAGUGAAACUUAAGUUGUGGCUUUGUGUAAUUUUUAGAUUUCCUUGUACUAGCCCAUGUUAUGGUUGGGUUUGUGUGUGCGCGCUCGGCCCAGCUACCAUUGUUCCUUCCUAGUUCCUCCGCUUCAGGAGUGUUAUCUUUCAGCUCUAUCCACCUCAGUUGAAGCUUGCACGCUACUACUUACAUUGUUAAUCAGCACAUUUAUAUAAACACCUACAAACUACAGAAUAUUCUGUUCGACAGAAGAAAGAAUCAAAUCCUUUCUUUAUUUUUACCUCUAUUUUAGGGUUCCCAAUGGCGACUCACAGUUUUUCAUUACUUUCAAUUCAAUCUUUAACUUCCAAUUCUACUAACAGACAAAGUGAUAAUAAUACCUUUUUAACCCAUAAAUCUCGAGGUACUAGUUUUACUGGCGGAAAGCUCUUGAUUCGGCAGCCACAGAAUUUGAACAUUUUCACUAUCAAACGACGUAGUUCCACGGUGGCAACGGUUGCCUUCAGUCUCCCAACUGCGAAAUCAGAGAGAGCCCCUUCUGAGAAACAGUCCAAAUGGUCGGCAAGAGCAAUAAAGGCAUUUGCAUUUGCUGAAUUAGAAGCAAGGAAGCUCAAGUACCCAAAUACUGGCACUGAAGCUCUUUUAAUGGGCAUCUUGGUCGAAGGAUCCAGUUCGGCUGCCAAGUUUUUGAGAACAAACGGUGUAACCCUUUUCAAGGUGAGGGACGAAAUAGUGAAGUUGCUUGGGAGAUCCGACAUGUAUUAUUUCAGUCCAGAACAUCCUCCCCUUACUAAAACAGCUCAAAAGGCUCUUGACUGGGCAAUUGAUGAGAAAUUAAAAUCAGGUGAAGGUGGAGAAAUAACCGUCACACAUCUGGCUCUUGGUAUUUGGUCAGAAAAGGAAUCAGCUGGGCAUAAAAUAAUGGCUACACUUGGUUUUGAUGACGACAAGGCUAAAGAGCUGACCAAAUUUAUGGACAAGGACAUUGAGAUGCUCUAUAACUAAGUAUUCUUGGAGGCACAAUCAAUUGAUGCAUCCUUCGAUCACAAUCUUCAGCUAGUUUCUCCUGCAGAUGAGCUUAGUAACAAGUGUUCAUGGCCUUGUAGCAACUUUCCCCAUACACAGUUAUCAUGUAUUUUCUCCUUUUUUUCCCGGUAGAAGACAUUUUGUUAUAUAACGGCUGGAACAAUUAUCACCGUCAAUUUCAAUGCCAUAGUAGUCCCGCAAAAA